AUGGAUGCCAACGAACAGCCAUACGAGGCUGACUACGACGACGAUGACAGCGCUAGUGUUAGCGUCAUGUAUUCAUCUGGCGAUGACGACGAGGGCAGCGCUAUUGUGAACGUCGUACAUUCAUCUGGUGACGACGACGAUGUUAGCGCUUCUGGGAACGUCGUGCAUUCAUCUUACGACGACGAUGACGACGAUAGCAGCGCAACUGGGAACGUCGUGCAUUCAUCUGGUUACGACGACGACGACGAUGAUGAUAGCGCUACUGGGAACGUCAUGCAUUCAUCUGACGAUGACGACGAUGGCAGCGAUAUUGUGAACCUCGUGCAUUCAUCUGGUGACGACGACGACGAUGAUGAUAGCGCUUUUGGGAACGUCAUGCAUUUAUCUGACGACGACGAUAACGACGAUGGCAGCGCUACUGUGAACGUUGUGCAUUUAUCUGACGAUGAUGGCAGAGCUGAUGACAUACUCGUUAUCAGUGAUGAUGAAAAUAGUCUGGCGAAUGAUUCGCGAUGGGCUAGACGAUUAACUGUGUAUCGAAGGAGAAAUCCUCGUACAUGUAGAGACAGAAACGUCUCUGGACCAGUGGUGUUUUUCUGA